CCUCCAAUCAAUGGCGAUUUGGCGUUUUCGAAUCUCUUUCUACAAAGUAAUUUUGGGCUCCUGCUUGGUUCUUCUGAUUGUGCUAUUUGCCGGUGAAAUUUUCUACAGCUUCUCCGAUGAAGAAUUACAUUUUGAUGACGCUGCUGCUCGAGUGGACGUGAUUAAACUCAAGGAUGACUCGGAUGAACCGGGCAAGGAAUAUGAUUUCCUUGAAGUGGACGAAAAUUGGACAGAGGGUUAUUCAGAAGGUGUGCUUGCUCUAGACAUUACGAAUUGUUGAUUUUGACAGGGGUUUAUAUGGGCUCCUGGUGCAGUAAAGAGAAAGUUUUUCAGGGGCGGAUCCAGGAAUUUUUGAUUGGGGGGGAAUGGGGGUCCAAACUUUGGUUCAGAAAGGACUGUUGAGCUUUUUUACGGCAAAUCACUUCUCCCCCCCCCCCCCUCCCACCAGUUGCGGUUGUAUGUUAUAAUUCCUUGGCCUCUUACUGUGUACUUGAAUUGUACUCGUAAUGCAUCAGUCAAUUCUAGCUGUGUCCAGUGCCCCCCCCCCCCCCCCCCCCCCCCCGGGCUACUGCGGGGCAUUUGCCUGCCUUGUCAGUCCCGGGGGUGGGGCAUUUGCUAAUUUUGUGCUUCCCGGUGGCCGGGCAUUUGCUUACCCCGGGGCCAUUCGCAAGCUUUUGACACGCACGCGGUUUCCGGUUAAUUCCUAUCAGAAUAUAACUACACAGAGGAUUUUACUGGGAGGGAAAGCAGAUUGGCUCUCCUGUCAAGGGCAGAAAAAAAUUGAAGAGGGUUGUAAAGGCAUGUUCUUGAUUUUAUGCACGCAUUUCUUCACUGAUUAUCAAACCAGAAUUACAUAGCGAAAUCGGGAGCUAUCGACUUGGAUCCUCGUUUUUUUGGUCACUGAAUCAAAUUUCAGUUGAUAUUAUUUGAAAAGCAUCCUUUCAUAUUUAUAAAACUAUUCAUUCAUAACAUAUAACUUUACAGCACUCUAUUAAUUUUAUUGUCAACAAUUUUACAUCAGUAAGACAUUAAUUGAAACAAAAAAUCGCUCAUUAAAAUGCUUAAAACAGCACUAUUUGACUGUGCGAUCAAUUAAUAAAUUUGUAGCGUUGAUGGAGGACGGGGCACUUGCCCUCCUUUUUUGUCCCCACCCCAGGGGAUUUGACAGUUCAAGAGUCUCAACCCCUGGCAAUUUGCUACCCAAGGCAAAAAAAAUCGCCGCCUACUUGGUUAGUAUCAGCCAGCUACUCUGCUUGGCAUUUCUUUAUGGAUGGCAUUUUUUAAAUAAAAUAUCCCUGGACUGGCCGCUUACUUUGACAACCUCAGCUGUCUACUUUAAAACUUUCUGACAACCUUGCCGGCUCCCACUGACUUUGUAUAUGGAAUAAAAUGCAGGGUCAGAUCUAGGAAUCAUUUUUGCUAGGAGGGAUUUGUCUUGGGAUGCAAAGUGAAAAAGGGGUUUCUGGAACAAACUCUGGAAGUUUGAAGGUAAAAACUGUAGUUGCGUUGGUGCCCAAAGAUGUCGCCCACCCCCAGCCUCACUACAAUUCCACCAGGAAAUGUGCCUGGAUUGGAGAGAGGAUCAUUGUGAUUGAGUUGUCAAGCAGUGAAGCUCACCUUUUAUAUCACUGGCAAGUGUUUUUACCAUAGAGAAACUUGACCUACAUAAACAGGAAAAUAGAUCAAUCCACAUUAUUUCUUUCUUUCUUUUUCAGAAGGAGUCUUUUAUGAUGAUGUUGACCAUGCUUUGAAGAACCUUAAAAAACCAGCUGCCUAUGCUGCAAAACACAAAUUACCCAUAAUCAUUUGGUGGACUGCCUUUACUGGUGGAAAUUCAAUAAAGAAGUGUACACUUGGUGAGUGUUACAUCACAGAGGCUCGUAAAUUCCAGACACAUCCCAGGACCAAGGCUUUUAUGUUCUAUGGCACAACUUUUACAUCAAAUGACUUACCUCUUCCAAGACUUGGUAAGUUGUUUUAUAUCCCACUUUUCUGAUGUUGAGGAAGAAAGAUCUUUAUUAAUCAGUUUUAACCUUUCAAAUGUUAAUGUCAUACAGAUCCAUAUGUAGAUGAAGUAGAAUUACAAAAUGAUAAAGACCCACAGUAUAACCAGCGUGCAAAGAAAGUCGUGUCCGACAGCCCGGGGCUAGUGGAUUUUACCAUCGGGCUAGUGUUUUUUGUUCUUAACUUGCCCGACGGGCAAGUGCUGUUUUUUGGGGAAAUUCAAAUUACAGAAGGAUUGUUAUCAAUCCUGCCAAUCAAAAAGGGCUUUGGGGCUAGUUGAAAUGACUUGUGGGCCAGUAUAUGUUAUCUACAGCUUGCCCUAAUGGCAGGCUGUAAAACUGACUUUCUUUGCACCCUGAUAACAAUGAAUAUUUUUUCACCCCCUUUUUUGAACAAGUCCCAAACUGUUGCUUUCAAGGCAGAUAGAAACCUUAGAUUCAUAAAACGGAACAGGAAAAUGGUGAGUCCUUCGACUUGCAAAAAAAUCAUGUGUCCCAGCCCAGAACCAUUGUGUCGCAGUUCAGAAAACAAUGAAUCCUAUUAACCUCAGUUUGUUUGGGCCUUUAUGUAACCAUGCUGACAAUAAUCUGAACACAGAUUCCAAAACUCUGUAUUACAGUUUACUGGAGUAAAAAACUCCUUCUAUAGUAAAGCACAACAAAAUCACAUAAUAAAUAAAUGGUUGAAUUGGAAUUUGGAAAUGUUGUUUUUUGAGGAGAGGGGGAAACUGGAUUACCCGGAGAAAAACCUCUUGGAGCAAAGGAGAGAACCAACAACAAAGUCAACCCUGAUAAUUAUGGCAUUGAAGCCAGGAUUUGAACCCAGGCCACAAUGGUGGGAGGCGAGUGCUCUCACCACUGCGUCAUCCCUUGCUUCCCAAGGAACUCAAACCAUCACUUAACAUGAAGAGGAUAUUCUAGAAAAACAUCUUCAGAUUGAUUGAUUGAACUUUGCGUCCCACAGGAUGCAUGCCAUGAAUUAUUUUGCGUCUUUGGUACUUUUUAUACAUCAGGGACCAAUAAAAUUAUCACUAGCACAUGGGGUAAUUUUGAAGGUGCAGUCAAGUAAAAACCAUCUUGACUUAUAGAUAUUUCUGCUAGGCCUUUUCUCAGCUGCAUCCCUGCACAUCCCUUCUUUUUGAACCUCAGUUAGCUUUAGGCAGACACCUGUUGUAUUUGGACACCUUUUCUGGUUCCAAAAUUUCCUCUUAUAGCUGACCAGUUUGACUGUUUUUUUUUUUAGUGACAAUGGUGUUUUUUUAAAAAACAUAUAACAAGAAAAAUUAAACUGCAGAACAUUAUCCAAUGUUUCGAUGUUUGGCACAUCAUUAUCACAAAUGGAAACCGUUAAGUGUCAAAGUUGUCAAAAGAGUUCAAGUUUGAAUAAAUUAGAUGGCAUUUGUGCAUGCUUGAUUAUUAUGCAGAUAUGUUAAAAGAAAAGCUUCAUGCAAAUCAAGUAAAUGGCUAGUGAUGAUUUGAGUUCCUGUAUAAACGGCCUUUUUUGACAUUGUGUGUUUUUUUUAUGAACAGGACACCAUGAAUGGGCUUUGUUCCAUGAAGAAUCACCUAAGAAUAACCCAAUUCUUCACCAUGAAACAACAAUAGAACUGUUCAACCAUACUGCUACCUUCCGCAGAUCUUCCGAUUAUCCUUUGGUUACUCAAAUGCUUUCAUCUUUAGAUGAGCUUUUGAAAAAACCCAAAUACAGCAUUCAUGAGAAGAGCACAAGCGGUCUGGCAUCAGUGGUGUAUGUUCAAAGUGGGUGUAAUCCGCCUUCAGACAGAGAUGAAUAUGUUUCAGAGUUGAUGAAGUUUAUCAAAGUAGAUUCCUAUGGAGCUUGCUUGCAUAAUAAAGACCUUCCAGACGAGUUCAAGAAUCCUUUAACUAUGGACAAUGAAGGUUUUCAGGACAUCAUUGCAAAAUAUAAAUUUACAUUGUCAUUUGAGAAUGCAUUAUGUGAAGACUAUAUUACUGAGAAGCUUUGGAGACCACUUAUACUAGGGUCUGUGCCCAUUUACAAAGGAUCACCAACUGUUCAAGAAUGGAUGCCAAAUAAUCAUUCUAUAAUACUUGUUGAUGACUUUCAAAAUCCAAAGGAUUUAGCUGAUUUCAUCAAAAGGCUUGAUAAUAAUAAUGAGGAAUAUUCAAAAUACUUAGAAUUUAAAGAGAAGGGUGUUAUCAAUAAAAGACUUUUAAGCACUAUGAGAAAACGCCCUUGGGGGCAUUCCUUUGAGGAACAAAAUUAUGUUACAGGAUUUGAGUGUUUUGUUUGUGAUAGAAUUCAUGAAAAUAUCAAGCGCAAGGCAUCACAACUUACAGAAAAUCAAUUUGUUGCUUCACAGGUGCAUUAUGGUUGCCCAAGGCCAGAAAAAUACAAUUUUCUUUUUUCUUCCAAUUCAGCUGUUUCUGGAGAGAGAGAGAUUUGGUGGCAGGAAUAUGAUCAAAGCCUCGAGGAAUCAAGGGAACUAAAUAAACUUGUGAAAUCUAACUGGCUGUUUAACUAAAUCAAAGUUUAGAUACAUCAGUGAGCUUUCCUCAGUUAAGUCAACUUAUUUCGGUAUUGUUAAAGAUUUGGUGGAGGUCAGUGUUGUUGAAGAGAGAAUAUUAAAAACCAGUUAUAUCUACAGUGCUCAAUCUUUUCAGAUACAAUGGUCAAGAAUGAAGUGUUAUUUUUUUCAGAAAUUGUUGUGGUGGCACACCUUAUAGACUUCUUCUUUUUACAGUGAAAAACUCUAUAUUAAGCAGACACCCUGUAUUAAGCAGGUACUAUCAUUUGUACAGCCAGGCCUCUUUACUCGAAAGGAGGUUAACCCUAGUGACAACAACACUGAAGAUUAGAAUGUGGAACCUACAGUGGUAUUUAGUCUCUUUUCACAGUCUUCUGCCUCAAAGUUUACGUGCUAUUUAACCUUAGAAAGGUUCCUAAGUGUUCCAAGGGUAUUUACCCCCAGCCAAAAGUUCAUUGUUCCAUUAAGUGUUCUAAUGACAUGGGGUCAUCGGGCAUGUGGGAAGGGCUUGGGGGAGAGGGGGGGUUUAGGGGUGCAGACGAACCCCACCCCCAACCAAAAGUUCAUUGUGCCCUCAUUGGUACUUGUACAUGUAGUCUAAUGACAUGGGGAACUGAGACUG